UCACACUGCUGUCACCGGUGUCAGUGCUUGUCGUCUUCUUCUUCGACAAUUUAGAUUUCCAUUGUAAAUAAAUAAAAUUUAAUAAAUUCGUGAUGUGGCCUGUUGUAAUGGCUCUCUUGCGGCGCAAUGCUGUCUACUUUACGUUGCCGGUUGCAGCUGUUGUUGGUUUCAUUGGUUACAACCUGGAAAGUAUUUUAUCCGAUAAAUACACACCAUACAGCCCUUCUAUCCAGGAAGUCCGCGCUAAGCGUUUAACUGACGACAGUUUAAUAGAGAAUGCCGCCAAUGUGGAGAAAUUGCAAUUGAAGAGCGCGGUGCUGGAACGCAAUUUGUCGCCGUCUUUGCAGCCAAAAGCGUGAUUGCCCUGCGAGCAUGUUGUUACCUAAGUUUUCAUGAGUGUUAAUUAAAAUUAGACAAUAAAAAAAAGUUACCGAA